AUGCCCAGCGGACUUUGGUGUGUUGCCGCUGCCAAGAUGGAACUCAGAGUUGGUAAUAAGUACCGUCUUGGCCGAAAGAUUGGCAGCGGCUCUUUCGGAGAUAUCUACCUUGGUACCGAUAUAUCCAAUGGUGAGGAGGUUGCAAUUAAGUUAGAAUGUGUAAAAACCAAGCACCCUCAGCUUCACAUCGAAAGUAAAAUCUACCGAAUGAUGCAAGGUGGAGUUGGCAUUCCGACCAUCAAAUGGUGUGGCGCUGAGGGAGAUUACAAUGUGAUGGUGAUGGAACUUCUAGGCCCAAGUCUGGAGGACCUCUUCAAUUUCUGCUCAAGAAAAUUCAGUCUCAAAACUGUACUGUUGCUUGCAGAUCAACUGAUCAGUCGGAUUGAAUAUAUUCACUCAAAAAAUUUCAUCCAUCGAGAUGUGAAACCAGAUAAUUUUCUUAUGGGAUUAGGCAAAAAAGGAAAUUUAGUUUAUAUUAUUGACUUUGGACUUGCAAAAAAGUACAGAGAUGCAAGGACACAUCAACAUAUUCCUUAUCGAGAAAAUAAAAAUCUUACUGGGACUGCAAGAUAUGCUAGUAUAAACACUCAUCUAGGAAUAGAGCAAAGUAGACGAGAUGAUAUGGAGUCUUUAGGCUAUGUUUUCAUGUAUUUCUUGAGGGGAAGCUUGCCAUGGCAGGGAUUGAAAGCAGCAACCAAACGACAGAAAUAUGAAAGGAUAAGUGAAAAGAAAAUGUCAACACCAAUUGAAGAGCUGUGUAAAGGUUUCCCUUCGGAGUUUGCUACCUACUUGAAUUUCUGUCGAUCAUUACGGUUUGAUGACAAACCUGAUUAUUCCUACUUGAGGCAGCUCUUUAGAAACCUCUUCCAUCGGCAAGGAUUUACUUAUGAUUAUGUUUUUGACUGGAACUUGCUGAAAUUUGGAGGUAGGUCUAAUGAUGAAUCUGAUAGAGAUAGAAAAUUACACAGUUCUACAGCUCGAGGGUUACAAGGCACUACCACUGCUGGCCGUGUACGGUCAGACCAAGUUCCUGUCUCGGCUUCACCAGCAGGAGAAUAUGGCAGUAAAGAAGCCUUCAUUAAGAAAGAACAUGGCACCUUCUAUUUUUUCUUUUCCUUUUGUUUCUCUCUCUUCUUUUUUUUGUUUCUCUCUUCUUUUUUCUCUUCUUUUUUCUCUUCUUUUUUCUCUUCUUUUUUCUCUUCUUUUUUCUCUUCUUUUUUCUCUUCUUUUUUCUCUUCUUUUUUCUCUUCUUUUUUCUCUUCUUUUUUCUCUUUUUUUUUCUCUUCUUUUUUCUCUUCUUUUUUUUUCUUUUUUCUCUUCUUUUUUCUCUUUUUUUUUUUUCUUCUUUUUCUCUUCUUUUUUCUCUUCUUUUUCUCUUCUUUUUCUCUUCUUUUUCUCUUCUUUUUCUCUUCUUUUUUCUCUUCUUUUUUCUCUUCUUUUUUCUCUUCUUUUUUCUCUUUUUUCUCUUCUUUUUUUUCUCUCUCUUUUUUUUCUCUCUCCUUUUCUCUCUCCUUUUUUUCUCCUUUUUUUCCUUUUUUCUCCUUUUUUCUCUCUCUUCUUUUUUCUUUUUUUCUCUUCUUUUCUCUUCUUUUUCUUCUUUUUUUCUUCUUUUUUCUCUUCUUUUUUCUUCUUUUUUUCUCUUCUUUUUCUCUCUUCUUUUUCUCUCUUCUUUUUUCUCUCUUCUUUUUCUCUUCUUUUUUCUCUCUUCUUUUUCUCUUCUUUUCUUCUUUUCUUCUCUUUUUUUCUCUCUUCUUUUUUCUCUCUUCUUUUUUUUUUCUCUCUUCUUUUUUUCUCUCUCUUCUUUUUUUCUCUCUCUUCUUUUUUCUCUCUCUUCUUUUUUCUCUCUCUUCUUUUUUUCUCUUCUUUUUUCUCUCUUUUUUUUUCUCUCUUCUUUUUUUCUCUCUCUUCUUUUUUUCUCUCUUUUUUUUUCUUUUUUUUUCUCUCUUCUUUUUUUUUUCUCUCUCUUCUUUUUUUCUCUCUCUUCUUUUUUUCUCUCUCUUCUUUUUUUCUCUCUCUUCUUUUUUUCUCUCUCUUCUUUUUUUCUCUCUCUUCUUUUUUUCUUUCUCUUCUUUUUUCUCUCUCUUCUUUUUUCUCUCUUUUUUUCUCUCUCUUCUUUUUUCUCUCUCUUCUUUUUUCUCUCUCUUCUUUUUUCUCUCUCUUCUUUUUUCUCUCUCUUCUUUUUCUCUCUCUUCUUUUUUCUCUCUCUUCUUUUUUCUCUCUCUUCUUUUCUCUCUCUUCUUUUCUCUCUCUUCUUUUCUCUCUCUUCUUUUCUCUCUCUUCUUUUCUCUUCUUUUUUUCUCUCUCUUUUCUCUCUCUUUUUUUUCUCUUUUUUCUCUCUCUUCUUUUUCUCUUCUUUUUUUCUCUUCUUUUUUCUUCUUUUUUCUCUUCUUUUUUCUCUUCUUUUUUUCUCUUCUUUUUUCUCUUCUUUUUUUCUUUUCUUCUCUUCUUUUUCUUCUCUUCUUUUUUUCUUUCUUUUCUUUUUUUUUUUUCUCUUCUUUUUCUCUUCUCUUUUUUUCUUCUCUUCUCUUUUUUCUCUUCUUUUCUUCUCUUUUUUUCUCUUCCUCUUUUUUUCUCUUCUCUUUUUUCUCUUCUCUUUUUUUCUUCUCUUUUUUUUUUCUCUUCUCUUUUUUCUCUUCUUUCUCUUCUCUUUUCUCUUCUCUUCUUUUUUUUUUAUUCUUUUCUCUUUUCUCUUUUCUUCUUUUUUUUUUCUUUUUUUUCUUUUUUUUUUUUUUUAUUCUCUUUUUUUAUUCUCUUCUCUUUUUUUAUUCUCUUCUUUUUUCUUAUUCUCUUCUUUUUUCUUCUCUUCUCUUUUUUUAUUCUCUUUUUUUUAUUCUCUCUUUUUUUUUUUUUUUUUUCUCUUCUUAG